GAGAUAAAAAUAGUAGAUAUGGCCAUUUUUAGGGGAUUUAUGUAGAUUACGUAGGAUCCUUACUCCAUUUUGAAAAUAUAAAGCGAAAGUGGUCAUGUUGACCCAGCCCGGCCCAGCUGUAGUCAUCUCGUUACCGCCGUGAGAAUUUCCAGUUUUUCCAAAUUAGUUAUCAAGCAUAAUCGUCUUUCUUCCCAAAAUUCGAUUUUUUAAUUUUUGCCCUCUGUUUUUUAUUUUUUUUAUAGAUAAAGACAAACCAUAUUUAUACAGCACUGUACAAAUUUAAAUAAAAAAACUUUCAGGCGGAGUUAUAGAAGAAUCAAUCACACAGUUCACCCAUUCCAGUUUUUGAAACUUGUCUUAAACAUGGGCAUGGAUCGAGAGGUCUGCAACAAAAAAGAUACAGCUCUGACUAUUUGUACACAUGCUUUUUCUGAUUUAACUUCAGUUUCUCCUGUGGUAUUCUUAUACCUCCUCAAAGAAUGCUACAUUCAUGGCUCAUGUAAAGCAACAAAAAAGUUCAGAGCACUUCAGCAAAAUGUUCAUCAGGUACUAGAUAAUUCUCCACAACCAGGACCUGCCACUUUUGUUAUUCAAUGCCUUCACGUCCUCCCGAUUUUCGGACUAUACUCCGAAGGGUUCAGUCACUUGAUAAUAUCUGCCCUUCGUCGGUAUCUAAAACUAGCGCCUAUUAUCUCGGAAGACGUCUUGCAAGCGAAAGGUAUGGCAGCUCAGUUGUUUAUAGAUAUUGUGGGAGGCUUAGUUGACCACGAUGAAAAGGUAGCUGUGAAGUUACUUGAGGCUUUUGAUGUGAGAUUGACUGAUAUUGAUGAAGCAAUACAGCGGUUAAAGGCCCAAAAUGAUAAUAGGUUUGACACUGCAAAAACAUUUGUUGAAGAAUAUGUUUUUAGGUUGGUGGAAGCUCAAUCGUAUAUGACGGCAGUUACUCUGUUAGAGCAGUUCUCUAUGCAUAACUCUGGGAAGCCUUUCCUUCUUAAAAUGAUGGAGAAUAGACAAUCUCAAGCAGCUGAAAAAUGGGCAACAUUCAUGGGAAAGCCAAUGUUAUGCGUACUCGUCCAGGAAUAUACUCAGAGAAACAUGCUGAAGCAUGCUUAUGAGACCAUAAAGAAAAACAAUUUGCAGGCAGACUUUCCUGAAGUAUACCAUAAAUGCAAAGAAAGCUUGUUGAAGAAGUUAGCAGAGAAGGCACUGUGGGAUCUUGCUGAAGCAAAGACGCAUGGGGAUAGGCAACUUGUGGAAUAUUUGGUUUACCUGGCAUUGGAGGCUGGUUACUUAGAGAAGGUCGAUGAACUUUGUGGUCGGUAUUCCCUUGAAGGAUUUCUGAAAGGCAAAGAACUUGAAGCAAGUCCUCCACUUGGUAGAUACUUGCAGCCGAGUGAGUUAGCUGUUGAAGAUAUUACGUGGGUUGAUGAAGUUGAUGGCUUGCGCAGUGCAGUCUGUCACAUUGAGAGAUGUAAGCUUGUGGGUCUUGAUUGUGAAUGGAAGCCAAAUUAUGUGAAAGGCAGCAAACCAAACAAGGUUUCUAUCAUGCAACUUGCUUCUGAUAAAACGGUUUUCAUCUUUGACUUGAUAAAGUUAUAUGAAGAUGCACCUGAUAUACUAGACAACUGCCUAACCCGGAUUUUGCAGUCUCCUAGUGUUCUAAAACUUGGUUAUAACUUUCAAUGCGAUAUAAAGCAGUUAGCUCAGUCCUAUGGAGAGUUGAAAUGCUUUAAGCACUUUGAAAUGUUACUGGACAUUCAGAAUGUAUUUAAAGAACCCAGAGGUGGCCUUUCAGGACUUGCAAUGAAAUUGUUAGGAGCGGGCUUGAACAAAACUAGACGGAAUAGUAAUUGGGAAGAACGUCCAUUGAGUCGGAACCAGCUGGAGUAUGCUGCCCUUGAUGCUGCUGUACUUAUUCACAUAUUCCACCAUAUCCGUAAUCAUCCUCAGCCUACUGGUAUUCCAGAGGGAAACGAAAAUUUCGAGUGGAAAUCACACAUUGUUUCUCACAUGGUUAACCCCAAAAUACCAAAGAAAGGACCGAAAAGUAAAAAGGCACAAGGAGUAAAGAGUCAGUAAUGCCAUUCAAGUUGGCAAUUUUUUACAUUUUUUGUUAUAUUUCCAUUUAUCAGGCAAAUAGGCUCUGUAAAUAUUCACUUAGUUUUAACAUAUUUUUAGUUUUAGAAGUAAAUAUUUCUGUUUUUUCUUUUAA